CUAUAUAUUAAUCAUCAUAUCAUUAUUUGUUUAUCAAAGUCUAAAACAAACUCACUAUUUUAUGUAUAUAUAUGUAUGUGAGACAUAUAGCUUAGAUUAAAGAUAUAUAGUGUUAUGGGAUUGAGUUCCAAACAGGUUUCUAGCGAUGGUGGUCAUGGUUGGAGCCAAUCUUUGUUGCAGGCUCAAACACUACCAAAAGCGUCAAUAAUCAAGAAGCGACACACACAAAACCAGCACCAGCAGCCAUUGAAGUGUCCUAGAUGUGAUUCUUUGAACACAAAGUUUUGUUAUUACAAUAACUACAACAAAUCACAGCCUAGACAUUUCUGCAAGGCUUGUAAGAGACAUUGGACUAAAGGUGGCACUCUCCGGAAUGUACCUGUCGGUGGUGGUCGUAAAAACAAGCGGCUCAAGCCUGGCAUCAAAGCUGUCAGCACCGCCAUUAAAACCAGCACUGCCUCUAGUGAUAAUAGCAAUAGGCUGUUGCUUGAUUCCUUGAUGGCAAUCCAAUGGCAGCAACAACAUCCAUUUCCACCAUUGUUGGACUGUAAUAACAUGCUAAUGGGUUCAUCAUCAUCCCUUUUGUUACCUCAAACUCAAGGCCAAGAAUUCCCGUUUUCAAGCUCAAGUUCUAGCUCCAUUUCACCAAGUAUCUAUAACUACACUGGUGAAGCAAACAGUAGUCGUUCACAGACAUGGCAAGUGCCUAGUGCAAGCAUGGACAUGGCAAAUUACUGGAACCUGGAUGAUAUUGAUGAACUGGUCUCUACUGAUCUCAACAACAUACCAUGGGUUGAUUCUGAGAUCAAACCAUGAAAAGCAAAUUUUAAUCAUAUAUUCAAUGUUAAUAUGUAGGAGAUUCCUUUUUCUCAUUUACUUUUUUUUUUGGCCCCUUAGAUUGAUUAUUGUUCACAAAGCUGUGAAUUUUCAGAUUCAGCUCUGGGUUUUAGGUGUACAUUAUUGUGUACUCUCUACAUCUUUACAUAAUGCAAGAAUAUGAAUUUGCA